AUGAAGAGUGAUAUAUCCGAUUCAAAUGAAAAUUCUACUCAAUCAAAACGAAAACGAUGUUCGCUUUGUGAACAUUCUAUGAACAAGAAAACUUCAACUAAAUGUUGUAAUUGUUCUGAUAAAUUAUUUCGUCAACAAUACUCAUCUACAUCAUCAGCAAAACAAAAUAAUACAUCUGUAGAGACGGUUGCUCCGUCAAUUACUGCUCCACGUUUUUUAUCUAUAUCAUCACAUCUACAGCAAACGAUCGUUGAUGAAAUUAUUAAAAAACCAACAUAUUUUCGUGGUUCAAAAGAUGAUGUUUAUGAUUGA